GGUAGAUCCAACGGUUGUGAUGAACUUGACACUGUUUGAACGGGAAAAAAAAUGAUCCAACGGCUGAAAUUUAAAUCCAACGGUUGAAAUAAUUUAUUUUAUUUUUCUAUUAUUUUUAAUUGAUAUUUUGCUCGAAAAUCCUAUAUAAACACCUCAUUCCUUCUUAUUUUAAUCACACAUCUUCCAUAUCUCUCAUUCUUCAUCAUAUUUUUUCACUACAAUUUUGUUAUGUCUUCCUCAAAAAGGGGUGUUAAUUGGAAUGCUAAAGAGGAUGUUGUUCUAUGUAAUGCUUGGGUCACCAUAUCUGAAGAUGGUGCCAUUGGAAUAAAUCAACCGGGGGAGACUUUCUGGGGCCGAAUUCACGAGAUAUUUUCGGCACAAAGUCAAAUUCCUCGAACUCGAGAUGCAAUUGAGUCUCGUUUCAAGAUCAUCAAUAAUCAAUGUUCUCAAUGGAAAGGUUGUGUGCGGAAAGCGAACGCAACUCCGAGGAGUGGGUCAAACCUAGACGAUUUGAACUUUCAAGCCAAAGACAUUUUCAUGAAUGAUAACAAUGGCAAGACAUUCAAAUUUGAGCAUGCGUGGCGUGUCCUCCAAGUGUGUCCGAAGUGGUACCAACAAUACGAAGCUCCGGUAUCCUUCUCCCGGCCAAUAUCGUCUCCACAAUCGCACGAUUCGCCCACACUCGGAGGUAGUGCUAGCUCUCCCUCGGAUGGAGAGCCACUUCAACGUCCUGAAGGCCGGGACAAGCAAAAGGCCAAAAGAAGUGGAAAGGCAAAGGUGUCCAAGUUAGAUCCAAUGAUGACGCAAUGUUUACAAGAAAUGAUUGAGCAAGGCAGAGAACAAGCUUCAAGAAGAGCUAAGCGUGAUGAGCUUCAACACAAAGCCGUAGAGUCGGAGAUUACGAGAAACCAGUAUGACUUACUAGCUGCGGACCUUUCAAAGUUUUCACCGAGGAAGCAAAGGUGGAUUAAGCAAAAACAAGAUGAAAUAAUGGGGUAUUCUCAAAAUUCCUCAAGUGAUGUUCCCGACACUCCUGCAGAAGAAGUGUACCGUCCCCACUUUGAUUUCUAGUUAUUAUGUUUUGUUGUUUUUAUUUUGUAUUGUGUUGUAAGUUGAAUUUCACAUAUGUUUCACUUUUAAAUUCCAUGUUUUGUUAUUUUAAUUUAUUCAAUGUGUUAUUAUUUUAAUUAUGUGUGCUUAUUUAAUGUUCACGUUUAUUUUUAUUUAAAUUAAAUUUAUUUUAGUGACUUAUAAGUUUGUCACAUUAUUAAGUAAUAUUCUAAAAAGAUAGAAGUAAUUUACACAAACGCGAAUAUUUUAUUAAGACACAUAAAAGUUCCAGAAAUACAUAAAGUUUUUCGGAAAAACAUAAACAGUACAACUACGAAGUUAACACUAGUAAAUGAAAUACAUGAAACACAACUAGAUUAAGAAAACACAUAAAUAUUUAGGGGAAGCAAAUAAACUACAUUCCAUUUCCAUGGUGCAUCCACAGAUGGUUUAUGAGAUCACUUUUAAGCGAUGUGUGCACCGAGGAGUCUCUAAUUCGAUUGUGGCGCAUCAUAUAUUGACUCAAGGUCGGACCAUCAUGGUUAAGAUCCAAUUCAACAAUACCACCAAUAUAGUCAUAGUCUUCACGGUAGUCUUGUUGGGUUGGUUCUUCAUCAUUCUCUUCAUAUUCAUCUUCCACUAUCAUGUUGUGCAGUAUAAUGCAUGCCAGCAUUAUAUCACCUAAUGUGCGUAUGUCGUGCAACCGUGCAGGACCUCGCACAAUAGCCCACCUAGCUUGUAAAAUUCCAAAUGCUCUUUCAACAUCCUUACGAAAAGCCUCUUGCAUUGAAGCAAAAAGCUUUUUCUUAGGAGUGUCUGGAUGACUUAUUGUCUUAACAAAAGUUCCCCAACUUGGGUAAAUCCCAUCAGCUAAAUAAUAACAUUGAUUAUAUAGCUUACCAUCCACGCGGAAUUGUACCUGAGGGGCAGAUCCAUUUACAACAGCAUCAAAGACUGGAGAGCUUGCAAGAGUGUUGAGGUCAUUGUUGGAACCGGCUGUGCCAAAAAAUGCAUGCCACAUAUGAGUAUCAUAAGAAGCAACUGCUUCGAGAACAAUUGUUGGUUUUCUUUUGUACCCGGUGUACUGGCCGGCCCAAGAUGUAGGACAGUUUUUCCACUCCCAGUGCAUGCAAUCAAUGGACCCAAUCAUCCCGGGAAAGCCUCUUUUCGAGGCCUUUUCAAGAAGACGAUGCAGAUCUCCGGGGUUAGGGGUUCGUAGGUACCAAGAACCAUACACACUAAUAACUGCCCUACAAAAUUUUUUCAUGCACAAAAGUGUAGUUGUCUCACUCAAACGACAUAACUGAUCUAAUGAAUCAGCCGAGCAACCAUUGGCGAGCAUAAAUAUCGCACUAGUGAGUUUUUGAUUAGGAGAAAGAGAUACCUUGUUUGCUGCAUCUAUUGUACUUACAAAAUAGGGAUCGAAAGCCAUGACAUCUUUCAUGAUUCGAUCAAAUAGAGCCGGUUGCAUGCGAUAACGACGACGGAAGAUACGUGCAUUGUAGGUGGGAUUUGGAUUCCAGUAAUCAUCCAUCAACAAACGGUGUCCAGCUUCCCGACCACGGUCUAUGUAAUCACGACUACUAUUGGAGCUUGUUGCAACCAAAGAAGCCAUCAAAGCCAUGCGCAUGCGGUCGGAAUAAGCUUCUUCAUCUUCAUCUUCAUUAAUGAAUUUGUAAAAUGCGGGAAAAGAACUCAUGAUAUUUUUG